AUGAAGCCCUUCGCGAUCCUGCUCUCCAUCAUUGUUGGAAUAGUGUCGGUACUACUGUUCAAGGAACACAUUCUCGAGACGGCUACGAUCCUGUAUAGAAGCCUCAGCGACAGCAUUAGCAACAUCAACAGCACGAGCACGACGGACUCGUCCCCUGAGGAACAGCAGAUCACCACGACGAAUAUGAGCGUCCCUCGCGCGAUUCGAAAGGCCUUCCUGGCCAUUGAGCAGGCCGAGGGCGCAGGCGCGCGGGUCAGGAGGUCAAUCGGCACGCCCCAGCUCAAAAACUUCUCACCGUUCUUGAUGCUGGACCAUUUCUCCGUGAAGCCAGGCGCGGGAUUCCCGGACCACCCUCAUCGGGGCCAAGAGACAAUCACAUACAUGCUCUCAGGCGCCUUCGACCACGAGGACUUCGCCGGUAACAAGGGCACCAUCCACGCGGGCGACCUGCAGUUCAUGACGGCGGGCCGCGGCAUCGUGCACAGCGAGAUGCCGGCGCAGAACGCCGACGGGAGCGCCAACACCGGCUUGCAGCUGUGGGUCGACCUCCCGCGCGAGCUCAAGAUGUGCGAGCCGCGCUACCGCGACCUGCGCGCCGCAGAGGUCCCCGCCGCGGAGGCGGACGACGGCAAGGUGACCGUCAAGGUCAUCUCGGGCCGCAGCCACGGCGUCGACUCGGUGAAAGACCUCGCCUACACCCCUGUCUGGCUGCUCGACGUGACUAUCAAGCCUGGCGGCCGCGUCGAGCAGCCUGUGCCGGAGGGGUUCAACGCGUUUGUGUACACGCUUGAGGGCAAGGCGCUCUUUGGGCCUGACAAGAAGCCCGUGCCGCAGUAUCAUAAUGUUGUGUUUGAGCUCGAGGGCGACUCGAUUGUGGUCGAGAAUGAGGCGGGCAGUGACGGCGAUGCGCGGUUCGUUAUUGUCGCGGGCCAGGUGCUGGAUCAGCCCGUUGUGCAGUACGGCCCGUUCGUGCUGAAUUCGAUUGACGAGGUGCGAGAGGCUCUGACAGACUACUCGACAUACUCGAGAGGUUUUGAGAGGGCUGAGGGUUGGGCGAGUGAGAUCGGGAAGUCGAUGGUGCAUUAG